AGCAAUGGGCUGGAUGAUCGGGUAGGGUGGUGGGGGAAAGCUGUGAGCUCCUGAAUGUCAGAGGCAAGGUUUCUCUGAGCUCCCUCCCCGUUUGCUGGAGGUUGGGCGGGUCCAGCAGCGUUGACGUGAAUUCUUAGCUGCGGGAGAGCUGGAAAUAAAAAGACCAGACUUUAAUACCAGAGGACUGACUCAUCAACCUCGGGGAAACAGCGAACAGCAACUCGGAGACUAUCCGACUGGGGGGGGGGAUGGUGGGGGGGGCGGCGCAUGGCGAAAAAAAAUUAUUAGUCACUGCAAAGGCUAUCAGACCCGCGAAAGGGAGUGUGUGCGAAAACAAAAGAGACUGUGACUCUUUUUAAAUUAUAAAUAUUAAUUAAAGUUUCAUUCUAGAAAAGCUGGGGUGUUGGGGGUGAAAGUUUGGAAGCAAGUUUUUUUUUGGGGGGAGGAAAACGAAUCCAGGAAGUUUUAUGGAUUUUUUGCAGUUCUAUCAGCUGCAAGAAGAGAAACAGACCAGAAAAGAGCAGAGUGUGAGAGGAAAACUUGUUCUAACGCUUUGUGUAUCUUGGAAAUAACUGAAGGAGACGUUUUAAGCGGACUUGCGUUUUUUUGGAAUUAUAUUAACACAGAUAUAUAUAUAUUUCAAUUAUAUAUAUAUAUAUACAUAGGAGCAAAUCUACGCAAGAGAAAUUACGGUCGGUCCCGCUUAAAAAAAUAACAUUUCCGCGGGGGAACAUGUACCAAGAUUAUCCCGUGAACUACGACACAUCGUCCCGCAGCAGCGCGUCUCCAGUUCACCAGGACAGCGUGUUCGGCAGCGGCUCCCUCAGUGCUUCCCAGAAAUAUAGAUCAGACAUGCCAGGAUCCAGCAGUGCCUUUGUUCCGACAAUCACCGCCAUUACUACCAGCCAGGACUUACAGUGGAUGGUUCAGCCCACAGUUAUAACCUCAAUGUCCAGCCCUUACUCCCGGUCGCACCCUUACAGUCUACCUGGGGCCAGCAUCUCAUCACCUUCCUCCACCACUUUACACCGACCGGGGGUUAUUAAAACCAUCGGAGCAACAGUAUUACGAAGAAAAAGAGACGAGCAGAUUAUCCACUGUCGCCUGCCUCUGCCGUUGCACUUUCUCCAUCCAACAGGGCAGCAUGGCCUGGGCCGUGGACUUCCCAACGGCCAUCGUCAGUGCUGCUCCGGGAGUGACCAAGAGCUGACAUGUUUCUGCAGGCUGACUCCAGAGGAGGAAGAGAAGAGAAGGGUACGGCGGGAGAGAAACAAGCUGGCUGCGGCAAAAUGUCGGAACAGACGUCGGGAGCUGACGGAGAGGCUUCAAGAUGAAACUGAGAAACUUGAAGAGGAAAAAUCCGGUCUCCAGAAAGAAAUAGCUGUAUUGCAGAAAGAGAAAGAGAAGUUGGAGUUCAUGCUAGUUGCUCACAAACCUGUUUGUAAAAUGGCACCUGGGAAUGAUGGCAGGAGAUGCUCCCCAUCCCCUGAUCUACGGGUUGGCCGCACGCACAAUGCAGUGGUGGUCAAACAGGAACCACAAGAAGAGUCAAAGCUGGCCAUCUCCAACCUGUCCAAAACACAGAGAUCUGUCAUCAAACCAGUGACCGAGAUCUCCAUAGCUAACAGCUACUUCCUGGAGGCCGAGCCCCUUAACACACCAGUGGUGGUCACGUCGACGCCUGCGCCCAACAUCACCCCCUGCGCUGCCAGCCUGGUCUUCACCUACCCCAAUGUACCCAGCCUUGACCAAGAGCCUGCAUCAGAGUCCUGCUCCAAGGCCCACCGCAGAAGCAGCAGCAGCGGGGACCAGUCCUCGGACUCUUUGAACUCCCCCACCUUACUAGCACUCUGAGGAAGUGGCUGGUGGCCUAGGGAAGGCACUUGAGGGAGAUGGGCGAGGGCUGCCUCUUAACGAAAAUGAACUUCUUUUUAUCGACUGGAACUUAUGGAAUCGAAACUAUCUCUAAACACUUCAGACUCACGGGGGUUGCGGGAUUGGGAUGGGUGGGGGUUUGCUCAAGCAACACAAACGUGGCCAUUAUCACUGCGUAUAGACUCUGUCAAUGACAUUCUGUGCUGGCGGGUGGCCCUAGGGUGAGGGGAAAACGGCAGCCGUAAGGGAGCUGUUACCACAGCAAUGGCCAUUGCUGGGAUAGAUAGGUCCUUCCAGCAGUGGGCAGCUUCACAGUUGACCAGCGCCAAGCAAAGGGGGAAGCCUACGUUUUGAACUUUGUUUAAAAGCAUUUUAUUUUCCUGAUUUUACUUCCUCAAAAGUAUUUACUACACAGCGACAUUUUGCUGACCCACGGUGUGUAUAUAAAUAUAUAUAUAUUCUUUUGGACCAUG